GGAAAAAAAGUUUAACACAAUUCAAAAAUUAUUCUUUGAAAAUGAUAGGUGAGGGAGUGAUUAAGGUCGGGGUGUUAGCAUUGCUUUGCUUUCAUGUUCUUGUGGGGAGUGUGGCUUUCGCUAGAAAUGUGAAAGAUUUUGAGGAUGAGAAGUUUUUUACUAUUGGUGAGGGAGGGGGAUUUGGUGGUGGUUUCGGCGCUGGUGGAGGUUUUGGCGAUGUGGAUGGUGGAGGGUAUGGUGGUGGCGGUGGAGGUGGUUAUGGUGGUGGGUUUGGAAAAGGUGGUGGAAUUGGGGGUGGUGCAGGAGGCGGGGGUGGAAUAGGUGGAGGAAUUGGUGGUGGUGCGGGAGGUGGAGGAGGAAUAGGUGGAGGCAUUGGUAAAGGUGGUGGCAUUGGGGGAGGAGCUGGUGGCGGGGGUGGAAUAGGUGGUGGCAUUGGAGGAGUAGGUGGAGGCGUUGGUAAAGGUGGUGGUAUUGGAGGUGGAGCUGGAGGCGGGGGUGGAAUAGGUAGAGGCAUUGGAGGAGGAGCCGGAGGCGGGGGAGGAAUAGGUGGAGGCAUUGGUAAAGGUGGUGGCAUUGGAGGCGGUGCAGGAGGUGGGGGUGGAGUAGGUGGGGGCAUUGGAGGUGGAGUUGGUGGCGGUGCAGGAGGUGGUGUUGGUGGGGGAGCUGGAGGUGGAAAAGGAGGAGGAAUUAGUGGUGGUGCUGGUGGUGGUGCUGGAGGUGGAAUUGGCAAAGGUGGCGGCAUUGGUGGAGGUGCCGGUGGUGGUGUAGGAGGAGGAAUUGGCAAGGGGGGUGGCAUUGGUGGUGGUGCAGGAGGUGGAAUUGGCAAAGGUGGCGGCAUUGGUGGAGGUGCCGGUGGUGGUGUAGGAGGAGGAAUUGGCAAGGGGGGUGGCAUUGGUGGUGGUGUAGGAGGAGGAGUUGGUGGUGGCAUCGGAGGAGGAGCCGGUGGUGGUGUUGGAGGUGGGAUCGGUAAAGGAGGUGGCGUUGGUGGAGGAGUUGGUGGUGGUGCUGGAGGUGGGAUUGGCAAAGGUGGCGGCAUUGGUGGUGGCAUAGGAGUUGGUGGUGGUGCUGGAAGUGGGAUUGGCAAAGGUGGCGGCAUUGGUGGUGGAGGUGCCGGUGGUAGUGUAGGAGGAGGAAUUGGAAAGGGCGGUGGCAUUGGAGGUGGUGCAGGAGGAGGAGUUGGUGGUGGUGUUGGAGGUGGGAUAUGUAAAGGUGGUGGCAUUGGUGGAGGAGUUGGUGGUGGUGCCGGAGGGGGAAUUGGCAAAGGUGGCGGUGUUGGAGGUGGUGUAGGUGGAGGUGCCGGUGGUGGUGUAGGAGGAGGAAUUGGAAAGGGCGGUGGCAUUGGAGGUGGUGCGGGAGGAGGAGUUGGUGGCGGCGGCGGAGGAGGAGCCGGUGGUGGUGUUGGAGGUGGGAUCGGUAAAGGUGGUGGCAUUGGUGGAGGAGUUGGUGGUGGUGCUGGAGGGGGAAUUGGCAAAGGUGGCGGCGUUGGAGGUGGCGUAGGUGGAGGUGCCGGUGGUGGCAUCGGAGGAGGUGUCGGUGGUGGUGCAGGAGUAGGAUUCGGCAAGGGUGGCGGCAUUGGAUUUGGUGGUGGAGGAGGAGGUGGAGUUGGUGGUGGCAUUGGAGGAGGUGUCGGUGGUGGAUUUGGAGGUGGAUUUGGAGUAGGUGGAGGAGCAGGAGGUGGUUUUGGCGGAGGAGGAGGUGGUGGAAUCGGAGGAGAUUACUAAAAAUCCUCUAAUAGUAUUGACACCAAAUUAAGCUGCUGUAAUGUUAUUAAUAUCAUUAUAUUUUUGAAAUUGUAAUUCAUUAGUUUUAUAUGUAAUGAAAUGAAAUUCCUACU